AUGGCGGCCUCGGCGUCCAGCGCUCCUCAGGCUUUGGCCGCGGCCCCCUCCUCGCCCGCCGCCGCCCCCCCGCAGCCCGCGCCGCCCCCGCCGCCCGCUCCUGCGCCCCCUCCUCCGCCCCCCGCGGCGCUCUCGGCGCCCUUCCCCGGCGGGCGGGCCGUGCGCAUCCACCCGGUGGUGCUGGCCUCCGUCGUCGACAGCUUCGAGCGCCGCAACGAGGGCGCCGCCCGCGUCAUCGGGACCCUCCUCGGCAUGGUGGACAAACACUCCGUGGAAGUCACCAACUGCUUCUCAGUCCCUCAUAAUGAGUCAGAAGAUGAGGUGGCAGUUGACAUGGAGUUCGCCAAGAAUAUGUAUGAGCUGCACAAGAAGGUUUCCCCGAGUGAGAUUAUUCUGGGAUGGUACGCAACAGGACAUGACAUCACAGAACACUCUGUUUUGAUCCAUGAAUACUACAGCCGAGAAGCACACAGCCCAAUUCACCUAACUGUGGACAGCAGUCUGCAAAAUGGACGCAUGAGCAUUAAGGCCUAUGUCAGUACUGCCAUGGGGGUCCCUGGGAAGACCAUGGGGGUGAUGUUCACACCUCUCACAGUGAAGUAUGCCUACUAUGACACGGAACGGAUAGGAGUUGACCUCGUCAUGAAGACUUGCUUCAGCCCCAAUCGCGUGAUCAGUUUGUCCAGCGACCUACAGCAGGUGGGGGCAGCUUCUGCUCGGAUUCAGGAUACCCUGAGCACCGUGCUGCAGUACGCAGAAGAUGUGCUGUCUGGCAAAGUGGCUGCUGACAACACCGUUGGCCGUUUCCUGAUGGAUCUCAUCAACCAGGUGCCGAAGAUCUCCCCGGAGGACUUUGAGACCAUGCUGAACAGCAAUAUCAACGACCUGUUGAUGGUGACUUAUUUGGCAAACCUCACACAGUCCCAGAUCGCGCUCAAUGAAAAAAUCCUAAACCUGUAAUGGAACUUGUGCCCAUCAUGCAAGAAAAAAGCAUGAAGAGAACCAGAUGGGUCCCCGUAAUCCAAAACCUUAGCUGGACUGUAAUUUUGGAAAGGCCUGCUCAUGAAACCUUCCUGUCUGCAGCCCUCCAGAGACAAAGAGAUCGCAAAGAUAAAUUGCAUAAUUAAGAGUGAGUCAGCAACUCACAAACUGUUUGGUUUCUGUGAUUCUAAGUAUCACACCAUUUCUCUUUUGUAAGGAUAUUUGGCUCUAAAUGAGUAAAAAUUCGAUGCACA